AUUCCUUUCUUUACUGUAUCAUCAAUGGCAGGAAAGUCUUCCAGUCUUUUCUCUUUUGCAACCUUGAUGGUUGUCAUUGCAAUCUGUCUAUCUAUCAUUUGCUCUCCAGUCACAGCUCAAGGUGUGAGCAAAACUGGCAAGAAGGAUGGAAAUGCAUUACUAUCAGCAGCCAAGAAAAUUCCCAAUGGCAAUUACGUUUUUCAGGCCUAUAAUUCAAAGAAAACAUUGACCCUCAUUAGUACCGGAAACCUUUUGGCUCCAAGAACCUCGGGUCAAAAUGAAUGGGCAGUUAAGCAGCACAGUGGAUCAAAAUAUUUCACUAUACGUGCUAACAACAAGGCUGGCCUUCCCAAGUGUAUCUCUACUCGAUGGUCUUUUGCCAGUUCUGGAGGAUUUCCUGAUGCUGCUGUUAUGUGGCAAUGUGAAGUAGAUACACCAAAUAUUAAGUACUACGGCUAUGAUCCUAUUUACCCUCCCAAGCAAAUGUGGCUCGCCAUUCCUGAUAGCCACCACAAAGGCUAUUACAAGAUUGUAUCAGCAUCUCAUCUUUUCGAUAUGACCCCAAAUUGUAUUAGUGUUAACACCAUCUCCGGUGGCGUCAAAUUCACAAAAUGCAAGAUUGAUACCAACAACACCAAAUUGCUCUGGAAGCUCACAAAACAAUAAGCUAGCCUUAUUACCUCAUUCAUCUUUUAAAUAAAAAUAAAAUUAUAUCAUAGUGCGAGCGCUAUUACUACAU